UCGAAGUAUACAACAUUAUCCACAGGAUUUAGACAUAAACACAGGUGAAAUUAUAACAUUGUGUAGCAAACAAGGAUAACGAGCAAGAGAAACAAGAACUAACUAGGCUAGAAUCACAGAACAAUGGCAGCCACAUUGAAGGUGUUUUUAGUGGUGAUCACUGUUUUCUACAGAUAUACAGGUAUACACGGAGAAAGAUCAUGCUACAUUGAGAAUAUGGAAAAUGAUAUAACCAAUAUAAAGAAAGAUAUUGAAGACUUAAAAAAACAGAUUGGAACAUCAGAUAAAUGUAUGGGAAUGUUAUUGGUUAAUGGACUAAGACACAGGGUUCCAGACUCCGAGUUGACUGCUUCUAGUAUGAUUGAUAAUGGACAUGGACCUCAUAGAGCGAGACUUGGAACACAAAUGGAAGGAGCGAAUAUGAGAGGAGGUUGGAGUGCUAAAAUAAAGGACCAAAAUCAAUGGAUACAAGCAGAUCUGGGAAAAAUAAUGCAAGUCUUUGGUGUUAUUACCCAGGGAAGGAUCUCGACUGUACAUUACCAAUGGGUGACAUCUUACAAAGUUUCUUACAGCACAAAUGGAAGUAUAUAUAAAUAUGCUGUGAGGAAUAAUAAUCAGAUUAUGGAGGGCAAUAGUGACAUGUGGACACCUGUUCUUAACAUGUUUGAUCCUGUACAAGCAAGAUAUGUCCGUAUCAACCCAGUGAGUUGGAAAGCUACAAUUUCCAUGCGUUUCGAUAUCAUAGGAUGCUAAGAAGGAUUAUAUACUGUUAAGUACAAACAGUUGCAUAAUUAAGAGUGAAAAGGUAGAAAAAGACAUCAAGAGAAGAAUUAAUUUGAUUUAUUGCACAUUUCAUGGCAUUAUA